AUGAACUUUCAAUGUGCUGAAAGCACCAUAGAAAUGCAUGAAGUAUCCAGUGUGACAGGUGACAGUGACUGUGCUUCAGAAAGAAAGAAAGAAAGGAAAAAGAAAGAAAGAAAAAAAAGAAAGAAUAAAAAAGACAGAGAGAAAGAAAGACAGAAAAAAGACAGAAAGCAUAAAAAAGACAGAAAGAGAGAAAAAGACAGAAAGAAAGACAGACAGACUGACUGUAAGAAAGAAAGAAAGAAA